AUGACUAGAUCUAAAUUAAACAACCCAAUUAACCAACACCAAGGGUUUCACGUCUUUGAGGUUAAUCAAGGCGGUAAAUCCAACUUUGUCAGUUCAAACAACGAACUGGCACCCCCAAAUCCCAACAGAACGAUUUCGCUUGGUAACACUUUAGACGAUUAUCAAAUCGUUUCCAAUUCGAACUAUCCCUUCGCCCUCCCCCUAAGAGUUCUCAUUGAAAAUUCCAGUGAAACUCGCCGUGCAAAAAGGCAAGCAAAGAAGGGCAUUUGUAAACCCCCGCGGCCUCAAAAUUCGUUUAUGUUAUACCGUAGGCAUUUGAGUGCGAAAUUUAAGACUGAGAAAAUGAAAGCAGCGGACCGUUCAAAGGAUUUUGCCACCAUGUGGAGAGAAGAGACUGAAGAGGUGAAAGUCCUCUUUACCGCUCUUGCCAGGGUAGCAACGGAACGACAUAAUGCGUUAUACGAAGAUUACAAGUAUCGUCCGAACACUGCAAGAACAACAAAAGUAAAAGGCAGUAAAAACAGGAACAAAAAAGUCAAGAAUGACGAUGAUUCCGAUACUGAUUUCAUCCAAACGUCUGAUUCUGAAUUCGCUACCAAUUCAGAACAGUCUUCACCGGGGUCCUCCUUUCUCGACGAUCCUCGUUUCCCCAUCGAUGAUUCUUCACCAACGAAUUCUUUUCCCAACUUGGCCGAUUACACAGAUUCCUCUUUUCUCGAAAAUCCUUAUUUCCCCAUCGAUGAUUCUUUAACAAUGAAUUCUUUUCCCAACUUGGCCGAUUGCACCGAUAAUAAUACCGUUUAUCCGUACACCUUUGAACAACUUCUUCUUCUUCAAUAUUUUGACCAAGAUCAAUAUACCAACGAAGAACCACCGUCCUCUGCUGAAGUGGAACCUUUUCAAGAUAUUACGUAUCUUGAAGAUACAUAUUUGUCGUUUCUUCCAGAAGAAGAUCGUGAAAUUGUCGCCAGAAAUCCUCUCUCACAACCAGAAGUUCCUUUCUUUGAUAUGGAACAAACCAUACAUCCUCUCUCACAAAAUUCAGAAUUUGAUCAAACCGAGUUCAUUUAA